GCAGUAGGGCCACAGCACAGCACUACGAAACCAAUCCCAAAUUGACGACCUUGCAUCCUCGUUCUGUGCUAACUGUUGCCUCAAUUCACCAGCACCAAGGCGCGGCUCCACCAUUCGCUCAACCAAGGCGAGGCCCGACGGCGCACCAUACUAGAUAAUCAAAUCCUUCAAUUUCGGUAUCACACCUGCAUCAGCCGCCAUUUCGAUUUCUGCGACGAUGGAGGUCGCAUUCGAGCGCCACCGAUCGCUGAGCAUCAGCGACGCGCCCUCCACGUCAGACGCCAUUCGGGCAUCACCCUUACUAGGACCAGCCUCGGGCCCCUACAAUCCGGCGGCCGCUCCAGGAUCCUUCGGCGCGGCGCGCGCGCGAUCGCGCUCCGCCUCUUUCUCCUCCUACUGCCCGCCACCUAUCGUCGUCCCCAGCAACAACUUAUCAGAUCCCGCCUUCCCCGGCUCCACCUCCCCCUCCCCUUCCGGCUACCCAGAUCCCGCCUUCCCCGGCUCGUCCUGCUCCCCCUCCCCGCAAGAUAUCGGCCUCAGCAGCUGUGAGAACUCCCCCGCGUUUCUCGGCCACGGGGAGUUUUUUCAGGCUCGGACCGUGGUUCGGAGUCCGAACCAGGAGCUGGUUCGACAGCGGGCGGCGGAAUCCGCGAAUAUGGACAGCCAAUGGGAGCUGCCGCCCAGCCCCGGCCUGCGCACGCCCUGCACAUGCCGGCGGAAGCCUUGCGCGUGCGCGGUUCUCUCGAAGCGGGCAUCGCGGGGCGGGCCCCCGCUCUCAUCGUCGAACUGGGGACGCCGCCUGCGCCGCUCCUUGAGCGGAGGCACGUCCGCCGCCUCCGACGGGGAAGGCGGCGCAGAGCCGACGCGCUCGCGCUCGCUCCUACUGCGCCGUUGCAAGACGAAUGCCACUUCCGCUGGCAAUUCCGCCGCCACGUCGGAUACGGAAGAUAUGGGAUACGGCUCGGGCGCCGGCGGCGGCGACUCGGGGAGAUCCACGACGGGCAGGCGCGCGCAGUUCGCGCGGCUGUUCACGCGAUCCGGCACGGCGCCGCCACGACCAUCAUCCAGCGGCGGCGGCGGCUUCCUCUCCGGAUCGUUUGACGCGACUUCGACCCCAAGCCCGACCCGCGCGGCUUCCGGCGUCAAUGUUAGCCCGCCCGCGGCUAAUGGCGGUUUCGUGGCGCGGUGCGUGUCAGUUGACGCGGCAGCCGCCGCAUUAUCCGGCGGCAAUGGCGGCGCCGGUAGCUACACCGAGCGGUCUGGCCGCUCGUCGUCUGCGACGUCGCAGAAGUAUAGCCGAUCUCCGUCGCCGACGUCGUCAGGGUCGCGUGGAGCAGCGACGACGGCGGAAGCAGGUUCGCGAAUAUCAGGUUCGCGAGUAACAGCAUCAGGUGUUACAUCGCCGCCUCUUGCAGCUCUUUCGCCGGACAGUCUCCCCGUGGGACCGAGCCAUCCGAGCCGCAGCGCCGCGCCUGUGCCACGUGUCAUCUCCAUCGAUAAUGCCGUAGCAUGGCUGAACAACACGCGGAAGGGCAACGCUCACGGUCACGGGCGAAGAAGCACCGAUAGCGCCGGGGAAGACGGCGUGAGUCCCGCUAGUAGGCAGUCCGCGCGGCGCGCCUCGUUCGGCGGUGGGUUUUCGCGAGCGGCAAGCGCUUCUAUCGGAUCGGCUACUAGCGCGAACGAGGACGACUUGAGCCGCGCGUGGGACGAUUUCACCGCGUCUGCCGCCGCCGCCGCGGCGUCAGCGGGAACUGCUGGCGACUAUAGCGCCAGCGGCGGCGUCUCCUCUGCGCGCCGACCCUCAGCAGAGCAGCAGCCGGCCACUGCGCGGAAGCGACAGCCGGGGGGGGCGCUACAGCAGGGGAUUCAGCAAUCCGGGGCGCUACAGUCAAGGUCGCUACAGCCGCAGCAGCAGCAGCAGCAGCAGCUGUGGAGCGUAGCCAAACAGAAAACGUUUCGACCGUCCGCGAGUUGCGGGUCGCUCUCUGAUCUCGUGCCGGAUGAUCCAAGAGGGGGUGAUUACAGCGGGGGUGGUUAUGGUGGGCGUGGUUACGGGGGUGAUUCCCAAAUAGCCUCGAAAUUUAUGGGUAAUCUCGGCUCAACACACCCUGUUUCCAGGAGGGGUUCAUCCCGCCCGACCCCUCCCCCUCCGCGGCCUACUUCCCCCAAUGCCGGUCCGCGCGCCGUUCACUCGCGCUCGCCGUCCCCAUCCGGCGCUGGUACUUUCCGUGCUGGCGGCGCUGGCGCAAGCACAGCGUCUGCCACGUCAGCGGCCAAUCAGCAGGCAGAGUCGUCAGAGCCGAUUCGGUUCCGCGUGAACACCAACGGUCGGAUUUACCGGUCCCACACAACACCUGCCUCCCUUGCUCCCUCCACCUCCUCCUCCUCAGCCGCCGCCGCCUUCGCCUCUCGUACGCGUUAUUGCGCGAUCCCAAACUCGUUAUCGCUGCAGGACACCGAGCCUACCGCUCUAGUAAACAGUCCCACCAUCGGCCGUUCGAUCCCUGCAGCAGGCAACGACACGUCACCGGUGACGUCAGCAUCCCACGUCAGCCCGACGAACGGACGGCGGGCCUCGCGCCAGGUGUCGUUCAACGAGCUGGUCCGCGUGCGCCGCAUCCCACGGCACUUCUUCUCCGCAGAUCUGACGGCCACGGCGAUGGAUCUCGUGAGCCCCGGGGACGAUCCGACGGCUGGGAGCGCCGGGAGUCACGGAUCGGCCAGCUGGCAUGCGAUCAACGGGAUUCAUGGCUCCGCGCCCGCUUACGCUUCCGCGGAUGAGAAGCGGAAGAAUCCGCCCGCUUCCACCACUGCCCUAGCGCCAGCGGGAGGGGGAUCGCCAGGCGGAUCACCGGGGGGAUCGUCAGGAGCAGGGGGAGGGGGGGAAAGGGAGAUUCUGCGCCCGCGCCUGCGCCUGCUCGCGCGCUUGCCCCUGCGCCUGCGCUUGUGCCUGCGCCUCCCCCUGGAUCCUCCGCAGCGGCAGGGGGCGCGCGGAGGGUUGGCAGGAGCGGAAGCUGGUCGUCGGGCGGCGGCUUGGCGGCGGUUGCGCGGAACGCGGUUGCGCGAAACGCGGGGAAUGCGGGGAAUGCGGGGAACAGCGUUGCGCGGAGCGCGGGGAACGGCGGCAAUGACGGCGGAAUGGCAGCUCCGCGGAUUGCACCGAACGGCGGGACUGGCGCGGGAAGUAGCCGCGACGGCAACGGCGGGGGUCAUCGCGCUGUUAACAGUAGCGGGGUCAGCAGUAACGGGGGUUCUCCCCCCCCUGUUGCUACUGCUGGUAGGAUGGGCGGAAGCAGUGGCAUGGGCGGCAACAGUGGUGGCAUGGGCGGCAGCAAUGUUGUUGCCUCUGGAGGGACAGGUGGCAGGGGUGGAGGUUCGGGUGCAGGUUCGGGUGCAGGGUCGGGUGCUGCUGGGUCGGCUCGGACUGUUCGCCAUGCCAGGAGCCAGAGUUUCGUGGAACGUUCCAGCAACGACAUUGCACGCAUGGCGGCCAUAGCAGCAACAGGAGCAGGAAGAGCAGGAGGAGGAGCAGCAGGAGGAGCAGCAGGAGCAGCAGCAGCGGCGGCGGCAGCGGCGGGAUCUAACGGGCGGGGAGCAGCAGUGGGAAUGAUCGGCAGAUCUAGCAGCGUCAGCUGCUCAGACGAUAACAGCACCAGUAGCAGCGGCGGCAUCCCCCUCCGUCGUAUCUCGGACCGGGCAGACCGGGCAGACCGGGCAGACCGGGAAGAACGGGCAGAACGCCCCAUUCCCAGGAACCUUUCCGUCUGCCCGCCUUCCUCCUCUGUUCGCCGCGACGCUUUUCUUGGGAAGGCCGGAGCCAACGGGUGCAGCAGCGCCGGCAGCACCAGCAGCAGCAGCACCAUCAGCAGCAGCAGUGGGAGAAGCAACACCAGCAGCACCAGCAGCAGCAGCAGCAGCGGCAGUGGGGGAAGCACUGUCAGCACCAGUGGUGGUAACCGCGUCCCGGGUCCCCUGGUUGCCUCGCCGCCUGCCCCCCGCUUCUCCGCCCACCCUCCUAGUCCCGCCACUAGAGGCCCCGCGUCCCGAUCAGCAGCAGCAGCAGCAGCAGCAAAAGCAGCAGCAGGAGCAGCUGGAGGCUCAUCCCAAGCGCUAUCAGCUGACCGGUUGCCCCUACAAGGCUCCUCUCAGGGGUCCGUUCAGGGUUUGUUUCAGGGGUCCUUUCAGGGCCCCCCUCACGGCCCCCAGCAGGGGCAUUCGCAGGGCCUCCCCCUCCGCUCCCCCCGCCACGCGCGCCACCACAGCCUGGGCAGCGCUGCUGCUCUUGCCGCCCACCCCUCGCCUCGUGCUGCUGCCCUCGUCACGAUCCCCUCCCCCCGUGCUACUACACCACACGCUGCUGGUCUUGCCAGCCACCCCUCUCCCCAUGCUACAGCCGGAUUGCAAUCUGGAUGUUCGAGUGAAUCCGCCCCUCGCCCGCCGCCCGCAGGAUUCAGAAUGCCGCCCAAUGUGCUCAUCAGCAUCUCACAAUCCCUGCGGUCCUCGUCGCUCCAGUCGCCUUCCACUCCCCGCUCCCCUGGCCUGUCCUCUCCGCACCCUUGCUCCCCCCACUCCCCCCGCGCUGCUGCGCCCCACUCCCCCCGCUCUGCUGCCCCUCACCCCCCCCGCUUUGCUGCUCCCCACUCCCCUCGCUCUGCUGGUCCUCACUCCCCACGCUUUGCUGCCCCUCACUCCCCUCGCGCUUCUGGUCCUCUCUCCCCUCGCUCUACUGCCCCCCACUCCCCUCCCUACGCUGCCCCUUCUGCUGCUCCUUUCUCACCCCGCUCUGUCGCCCCGCUCUCCCCUCGCUCCGCUGCCCCACUCUCACCCCGGUCUGCUGCUCCCCACUCCCCUCGCUUCCCUGCUCCUCGCGCCCAGAUUCCACACUCCACCUCCAAUCGUGCCCCUCUCCCUCACUCAGCUGCUGCUGCUGCUUCUCCUAAUCCUGGGUUUAAAGCCAGCCAGUCCCCAGCAGCACUUGGCCAGCCGCGCCCAGGAAAUGUGCCGUCUCCCCGUACCCGCACCCAUGUGCGCUCUGCUAGUGUUGCAGAAGUCACCUGCACUUAAACCAGCAUUGGGCAACUAUGAAGUGCUAGUUUUUUUUUGUCUGGUUUCUGUGUGUAUCUUUUACCUCCAGUACCAAUUUAUGGAGGCCCUUGCAGCACGGAUGCACUAACUUGAUACCUUUUGCUGCUUCGUUUUUAGGUGGGAGUCAAUGCUGUCAGCUUACCUUGCGCGAUGCAUACAUUUUAGCCAUUCAACUGAUGGGUUCCUCCUGGAUUGUUUUCAUUCCACGGAGUUAUGAUGGGCUUUAAGUCAUGAGGUCAUGGGUGUUCAAAUUAUAUAAGUUAUAAUUUAAUAUAGGCUUGGUAGGUUG